GCUGGAGCUGCUGGACCGGGCGUGCCGGGAGCGGGGCCUGGAUCCGGGCCUGGAUCCGGGCGCGGAUUUUGGGGCGGAUUUGGGCGAUUUGGGGGCUCCCCUGCGCUGCUACCGCCGCUCGCUGAGCGCCCCCCCCCGGAGCCCCCCGGGACCCCCGGCCAAGAGAGCGCGGGGGGGCCUGGCCCCGUCCGGCUCCGGCUCCGGCUCCAGCUCCAGCCUGUGGCCCUCCAGCCCCGCCCUCACCUCCACGGCGCGCAGGAGGCCCCGCCCCCAGCCCAGGCCACGCCCCUCGCUCCAUUUGCGCAGCAGCGACUCCAGGAGGACCUGGGAGUCCCGCCUGACCCUGAUGGAGGAGGAGGAGGAGGAGGAGGAGGAGGAGGAGGAGGAAGAGGAGGAGGAGGAAGAGGAGACCCCAAACAGCCCCGGGAGCCCCCUGGAGCAGCCCCGGGACCUUUUUGGCUCCUCCAGCCUCGACUUCCAGACUUUCUGAAGCCACAAUUCCAGAUUUCCCCUGGAGUUUUUUCCCAUUUUUUGGAGUUUUCUUCUCAAAAUUUCUGAUUUUUUUUCCCAGUUCAAAUUCCAAACUGGAGCUUUUUGGGCCAUUUUUUGGGGGAAUUUUUGGGAUUUCUCCCGAAUAUUUUGGGGUUCCCGCCCCUUUAUCUCUGGGAAUGAAAUUUUAUUUUCUGGGAAUGAAAUUCUCAAAUUCCCUCGAGUUUUUCCCAUUUUUUGGGGUUUUCACCCCAAAAUCUGGGCCCUUUCCAGUUACAAAUUGAGAAUUUUUGAACGUUUUCUUUGGGAAUUUUUGGGAUUUCUCCCCGAUUUUUGGGUUUCCCACCCUUUAUUUCAUUCCAGACUUUCUGAGGGUGAAAUCCCAAAAUUCCCCCUCAGGUUUUUCCCAUUUUUCGCCGUUUUCACCCCAAAUUCCCCCAAUAAAAAUCUGCAGCAGCUCCUUCCUUUCUGGGCUCGUUUCUUUGGGAAUUUCGCUGGAAUUUCUUGGGAAUUUCGGGGUCUUUUCCCAGAAUUUUGGGGUUCCCGCCCUCCCUUCUCUUUCUGCACUUCCUGACCUCGGAAUUCUGAAUUUUCCACCCCUUUUUUCCCUCUUUUUCCCCCAAUAAAAGCAGCGACACUUCUGUGGUUUCUGGACCCUUUUUUUGGGAAUUUCACUGGAAAAUUUUUGGGAAUUUCUUGGGAAUUUCGGGAUCUUUCCCCCAAAUAUUUUGGGUUUCUGUUUUUUCUCUUCCCGCACUAUUUUAGGAGCAGAAUCCUGAAUUUUCCACCCCUUUUUUUUGCCCAUUUUGUCCCCAAAAUUUCCCAAUAAAAUCAGCAACCGCUCCCUCAUUUCUGGGCCAUUUCUAGGGGGAAUUUUUUGGGAAUUUCUUGGGAAUUUUGGGAUCUUUUCCCCAAAUA